AUGGUCCAGAAGAGCCCGACCGCCACCACGAGCACCGGCGCGCCCAUCCCGCCCAACGGGCUGACGGCGUCGGCCACCGCCGGCCCGCGCGGCCCCAUGGUGCUCCAGGACUUCGCCUUCAUCGACCACAUGGCCCACUUCGACCGCGAGCGCGUGCCUGAGCGCGUGGUGCACGCCAAGGGCGGCGGCGCCUUCGGCUACUUCGAGGUGACGCACGCGGACGUGACCAAGUUCUGCAGCGCCAAGCUCUUCGACCGCGUGGGCAAGCGCACGCCCGUGGCCAUCCGCUUCUCGACCGUCGGCGGCGAGCUCGGCAGCGCCGACACGGCGCGCGACCCGCGCGGCUUCGCCAUCAAGUUCUACACGGAGGAGGGCAACUGGGACCUUGUGGGCAACAACACGCCCAUCUUCUUCAUCCGUGACCCGAUCCUCUUCCCGAGCUUCAUUCACACGCAGAAGCGCCUGCCCAGCACGCACCUCAAGGACGACGACAUGAUGUGGGACUUCUUCUCGCUGCGCCCCGAGACGCUGCACCAGCAGAGCUUCCUCUUCUCAGACCGCGGCAUCCCGGACGGCUUCCGCUUCAUGAACGGCUACGGCAGUCACACGUUCGCCAACGUCAACGCCCAGGGCGAGACCACGUACGUCAAGUACCACUUCAAGACGGACCAGGGCAUCCGCAACCUGGCCGUGGACAAGGCCGCCGAGCUCGCGAGCUCCGACCCGGACUACGCCAUCCGCGACCUGUACGAGGCCGUCGCCAACAAGCAGUAUCCGUCGUGGACGCUGUACAUCCAGGUCAUGACCCCCGAGCAAGCGGCCAAGGAGAGCGUCAACCCCUUCGACGUCACCAAGGUCUGGCCGCACGGCAAGUACCCGCUCAUCGAGGUGGGUCGCCUCGUGCUCAACCGCAACCCGAGCAACUACUUCGCCGAGAUCGAGCAGAUCGCCUUCUCGCCGUCGCACAUGGUGCCGGGCAUUGAGCCCUCGCCCGACAAGAUGCUGCAGGGCCGGCUGUUCUCCUACCCGGAUACGCAGCGCCACCGCCUGGGAGCCAACUACAACCAGAUCCCGGUGAACCGCCCGCUCAAGGAGCCGCAGACGUACCAGCGCGACGGCUUCAUGGUCGUCAACGGCAACAUGCACGACGCGCCCAACUACUUCCCCAACAGCAAGAACGGCCCGCCCGAGGACACGACGCUUCGCUACCACGCGUACCGCGCCGACCACUCGCUGGUGGACAAGUACUCGACCCGCGACGACGACAACUUCUCGCAGGUGGGCGACUUCUACCGCAAGACGCUGGACGCCGCCGCGCGCGAGCGCCUUACGGACAACAUUGCCGGCUCGCUGGUCAACGCGUCCAAGCCCGUGCAGGCGCGCGCCAUCGCCAACUUCACCAAGUGCGAGCCGCACUACGGCCGCCGUGUGCAGGAGAAGGUGGCCGCACUGGCCCAACAGAAGCAGCGCGCUGCUCCCGUGGCGGCCCCGGCCCCGGCCAAGUUGAACCCGCCACGCAAGGCGUUCGUGCCGGCACCGCCGUCCGACGACGUGGCCCCGCGAUUGUAGGCGGGCAACAUCGUGGUCGUCGGUUGUAGCUGCCGUCCUGCUGCUGCGAGCGAUGUUG